GAGAGGGAGAGGGAGAGGGCGGAGUAAUCCCUUUUGUAGAUUUCACUCAGUGAGACGGUUCCGUAUCUGGUUAAUUUCAACCUACCUCUGGUCAAUUUCAUCCACGCUGCAUCUCUCAGGCAAUGGAAAGCUGCAGGAAUGGCUAAAACGUACCAGUUAUGUGUGGUCUUUUUGCUCCUGAACAUUAGGACCGGAGCGGCGUUGAAGUGCUUUUGUAAGAAUUGUGUGAAGGAAAACCAAACUUGUGAGACAGAUGGGGCAUGCCUGGCUUCCCGCUCCAGAAUUGGGGGUGUUGAGCAUGAGAUCAGACUGUGUGUGUCCCAACGAGACUUGGUCGCGCCCAUCUACUGCCGGAGCGACAAAAAGUAUGUGACCACCAUCUGCUGUUUCAAGGACUUCUGCAACAACCGGGAGAUACCUCCUCCAGAAGGUCAGAAGAGUGAUUUAGAUGGCUGGGGCCCCGUGGAGCUGGCGGCUGUGAUAGCUGGCCCAGUGUUCCUUUUGUGUGUGGUGCUGAUGGUGGCAGUGUUCCUGUGCCAUUACCACCACCAGCGAGCCUACCAUGACCGCAACCAGCUGGACAUGGAGGAGCCUUCCUGCGAUCACAUGUACAUCUCCGAGGGGAAGUCGCUGAAGGACCUCAUGUUUGAUAUGACUACCUCUGGAUCCGGAUCUGGCUUGCCUUUGUUUGUGCAGCGUACCAUUGCGAGGACCAUAGUCCUUCAGGAAAUAAUUGGCAAAGGGCGCUUCGGGGAAGUGUGGCGUGGGAAAUGGAGGGGUGGCGACGUGGCUGUCAAGAUAUUCUCCUCCCGGGAAGAACGCUCCUGGUUCCGGGAAGCUGAGAUCUACCAGACAGUCAUGUUGCGUCACGAGAACAUUCUGGGCUUCAUCGCAGCAGACAAUAAAGAUAAUGGUACGUGGACACAGCUGUGGCUUGUGUCGGACUAUCACGAGCAUGGCUCUCUCUUUGAUUACCUGAACAAGUAUACGGUCACUGUGGAAGGGCUCAUCAAGCUGGCACUCUCUGCGGUCAGUGGACUGGCUCACCUGCACAUGGAAAUCGUGGGCACUCAGGGCAAACCAGGGAUUGCCCAUCGUGACCUGAAGUCCAAAAACAUCCUGGUGAAGAAGAAUGGCAUGUGUGCGAUAGCAGACCUGGGCCUGGCUGUCAGGCAUGACUCGCUGACCGACACCAUUGACAUUGCCCCCAAUCAGCGAGUGGGCACAAAACGGUACAUGGCUCCUGAAGUACUGGAUGAGACAAUCAAUAUGCAACAUUUUGAUUCCUUCAAAUGUGCUGACAUUUACGCCCUGGGGCUGGUGUAUUGGGAGAUUGCCCGGAGGUGCUCUGCUGGAGGGGCCCACGAGGAUUACCAGCUGCCAUACUUUGACCUUGUGCCCUCUGACCCCUCCAUUGAGGAAAUGAGGAAGGUUGUCUGUGAACAGAACCGAAGGCCAAGCAUCCCUAACAUUUGGCACAGCGGUGAGGCGUUACGAGUCAUGACCAGGAUCAUGCGGGAAUGCUGGUAUGCCAACGGAGCAGCCAGGCUGACUGCUCUCCGCAUCAAGAAAGCAUUGUCACAGCUAAGCAUCCAAGAAGAUGUGAAAAUGUAAGGAUGGGGUGUGGGAAGCAGGGAAACAUGGCACUGGAAUUAAACCAACACCAUCCUCCACCUGGCAAAACGGCUGCAGAGCAAUGUCUACCUCACAACUUAGAGCCGAUCUGCUGAAGUGUUGACUGGAAGCAUAUCCUGUUUUCUUAAGGGAGAAGGGGGUGAGAAUGAGGUGCAAACUAACACUACACUGAGUAUUAGAAACUUGUUGUAUAUCAAAUUUAGUACGAAAUUGGUGGUAUUCAAAAUGAGGGACAAGUACUCCCUAGUGCAGGGGGAAUGUAGAACUGCUCGUGACUAAAAAUUGGCAUCUGCAUGUUUGAUUCUGAGCGAAUCCUGCAAAUAGUUGGCUUGUUUUGAAAUUGCAACUUGCCCUUUUAAGCAGUGGGUGCCCCUGAGUUCUGUUUUUAAAUUUUACUUUAGUCAUUUUUUAAAAAUGAAUUUUAAGGUUCAUGUAAGAAAUGGAGAAGAUUACUUCCUCGUUUUUUUUAACUGUGUAUAUAAAACCAAGUCGAGUUGCCAGGUAGGAGAGAAAGGAGAAGCAGUUAUUGAAACUGAGCCUCUUGUGUUGCUUAUUUUAAUUGGUUUUCAGGUGGUUGUAUAAUACAGGUUGACUUUGUACCAAGAACAAUCUUUAAUCUUUGGUGCAGCAGGGAGGACUGAUCUGGCAGUGUUGAUGAUACAUGGAGUCAAUGCAUCCAGGUUUUUUUGUUGUUGUUAGAUUAACUGGGAUUGGCUGUGUGACUGUCCAGGCUGAAGAUAAGAAUCUGAUGCCAUUGCGCAAACAGGGCUUCUGGGGUGGAGCAGAGUUGACCUUUUCAUAUCCUGCUUUUGAAAAUUUUUACAAAAUUGCAGGAUUAGCUCCCUUCACAUUCAAAAAAAGAUCUCUGCACUGUCGUCAAUGUGGUUCAAAGUAACAUUUGGCACCAUUAAGUGUAGGUGCUGAGCCAUCCCAAAGGUUGCCUGGCCAUACUGUGCCAAUUUACGAAGGGGAUCAGUUUGAAGUCAUGGAUGGGGUAGAGCUGCUGUCUCAAUCUCAAUGUAGACCUCUGCUGCUCUCUGCGUGGAGUUCGCAUGUUCCUGGUGUGUGUGUGUGUUUCCCCCACAUUGCAAAGGCACGCAGGUCAGCAGGUUGAUUGGCCAGUGUAAAUUGCCCCUAGUGUGUGGAGGGUGGGGUUUUGCUGGGAAUGUUGAGGUGAAUAAAAUGGGAUUGGUGUAAAUGGUUGCUUGAUGGUCAGCAUGGACUCAAUGGGCUGAAGGGCCUGCCUCUGUGUUGUAUGACUCUGACAGAGCUAUUAGCUUGUAUGACUAAACUGAAAUUAAGCUAAUACCUCAGGCAGAUAGUCAUACAACACAGAAACAGGCCUUUGGCCCACUGAAUUCUCACCAACUAUAAAGUACCCAUUUACUCAAUGUAUUAGUACCAAAAUGCUUCAUAGAUGAACAGCAGCUCCUGGGCAGAUGUUAGAGACUGAAUGAUUUAAAGAGAAAGUUGGGACAUUUAUUUCUCUCUGAGUUUCCCAUAUCGAGCAAGAGAUGCUGUUGAAAGCGUUUCUGUGACACUACUGACGAUCUGGCUGUUGGCAUAAAGGUUCUUGCACUAAGGAAGCCACCAGUGUGGAGCUGUUGGUGGGUCAGGGCCUGAGCCACAGUCCUCAAAUGGUGGGGUGGGUUGCUACUGACUCCCAAGUGGCAAGAUGCUGCUGUAUGUCCCCGAGUCCCCGCAGUGGAACUGGUCUGUUCGUGUUGCACCAGAGGGCAUGUGGGGGCAUCUCAUGGAAACAGGGCAAAAUAAAGGGUUUUCUCUCCCCUCUUGCCCACAUUGAGCGAUGGAAGGUGAAGGUAUUGAAGGUUUGCCAAUUACUUGUAGAUAAGGCCCGUCAGCUUGCUUGGGGCCCUGGUUCGAGAGUAAGCACUCCACCACCUAAGCCCUCUUGUGUUCCAUCGGCUCUCCAGAUAUGUGCCCAAGGAGGUAGAUUCCCCCUUCUCCAGGACUUCUGUGCUUGAGUCUCCAGAAAUGAGGUUUAGAUCUUGGUUUCUCUUCUCUGGGGCCCCCCCCCCCCCCCAGAGCUGCAAUCUAGCUUUUUUUUAUUUGUUGCGUAACUGACCCAACAACUUUUUAAAAAAUUUGUUUUAUGGUUUUAACUGGCUGCUCUUAAUAUGCAAAAUCUGGAGGUGGGGGUGAGAUUGCGGGAAGAUGCUGGUUAAAAUGUGACGUGGCAAUUUCGCAACUCCAGCAUGUGUGGUGGAGGAGGAGGAGGAAGUGGCAAACAGGUUUUUUUUCUCUCCCCCUCUGCUUGCGACUCCGAGCUUUUUUAUUGUCGUCUUGUUUGUGCACCCUUUUGGGCUCGCUCCAAAUGUGAAGUAUGACUGACAAAUAAAGUGUGAGGCUUGGCUGUGCUGUUAGCUUCAGGCAACUUGCCAGUGACACCCAUGGGAGGCAGUCAGUGUAGCACACACUCCUGGCACCAGAGGGUGCUGUUUGAUGGACUUGGGACACUGAGUUGCCUCCGCUUCAAACCCCCUCCCCGAGCUGAAUUUUGCUAUUUGGAACAAACUGAUUUUAAUCGUGUUUCUCUUCCUCCCCGUUGUCUCUGCCUUCUGACACAUGGUAACCUUAGCAACAGCUUUCCCAGCCCUCUCCUUAACACUUGUUCAAAUGCCAGCACUUUGCUCCACGGGGCAGGAUAAAGAGACUGAGCCAAGAUGAUGUCUCCUGCAAAGGUGACAACACAAUCUCAUUGUUUAUUCUUUGUUUCCUCUGGCACUACAUCUUUGACAAACACUGGCUCAAACAUGCAACAUUUUGAUCCACAACACACUGACUGAGCUGCACCUAGUCUUUUUUUUUGCUUUCUUAUUUCUAUCAAUCACUUGGGCUUGAAGAGGCUGUCCAUCUCGGAGACACUACAGAAUUAAGGCUGUGGUCAGGCAAUCUUUUGGUUUUGGUAAGAGGGUAUGACUUCUGAUCAAAUCAGCUUUUGUGUAAAUUUGGGUCUUGACUUUAAAAUGUGAGGGUCUUGUGUCCAUGUCAAGUCCCUCUUGCAACUCUCUCACCAGGGCUUUGUUAGGGGAGGAAGGUCUCCAGUUAAAUAAAAUUACCUGGCAAACAGCGAUGGGUGUAAACAUGGUGGGAUGUGUUUUAACAAUCCGCCCCCCCCAAAAAAAACUGUUAUAGCCAAUCAAGCAGCGUUGAUUACAUGCCUCCUCUUUGGUUUACACGCACACACAGCAAUUUUGCCACCUCAGUAGCUUUUAAGCUCUUUUGCAGAUGGUACAAAGACUCCCUGCUGAACCUGGCCUGGCACUGAAUACCUACUUGGAAUGAAACGGGAUGCCAAAAUAGAUUGGCAUGUACUGCAAGUGGGAAUCUCUUUUAUUGUACUCGAACUACUGAUUUCCUGACCCAUCCCCAAUCCCUAUUUUUAAAAAAAAAUUACCUCACGGUAUGCAAAUAGAAAUUGUUACAAUUGUAAAUACUUUUGUUUUGAUGUGAAUCUUGAUAUUCUCGAGCUUGUAUUUUGAAUUUGACUUGCUAGGUAUGUUUGUAACUAACUGCUGUUGUAUAAACAAAUGGCUUCAUCUCUGGAUAUUUUUUUGUAUGGGGCCUCUGUGCUGUUGUGGCUGGUGACGGUAUUUGUAAAUCUGUUUCUACACGCUGCUAAUACAAUUUCAAAUGCUGCAGUCUCAAACAAGGAUCCACUGUGCAAACAACUGGCUGAUUUCUUGUUGGGCAUGUUCACUGGUGUCCAGGCUACUGGACACUUGCCUUCGGUCCAGUGUUCCUUAAUUUCUAUAGGAGAGGCUACGGUCAUCCUGAAGUACAGCUACACUCCCAGGAAUCAAUCCCCACAUCCCAAACUCUCCCAGUGAGCCCAUUCCCUCUGCCCAUACACUCCUGAGGAAUUGCUUCCACUACCCCAUUCGUUUUCCCCCAUGCCCUGUACUACCCGGGGGGGGGGGGGCCAUACACUCCCUCCACCAUUCUGUACAUUGCCAGGGGCUCAGUUCAUGCACUCCUGAAGAGUUAAUGUGUCUCAUCGACUCACUUCUACUCCAGGCUAUUCAGUCAAUCAAGCUGGCUCUGGAUUCCAUGGGAUUCUGGUUGAUCCAGUCCUGUCUCAUGUCACUCCACCAAUCUACACUCCCAGUGAUCAAUCCCACCAUCCCAUACACUCCCGGGAGAUCAUUCCCCUGCCCUGUACCCUCUCAGGAAGCUUGUUUUCCCUCCUGCCUCCCCCCCCCCACCAUGUACCCUUCCAGGGGAGCUUGUUUCCUCCCUGCCCCAUACCCUCCUGUAUACUCUACCCUGUUGCACAUUUGUACUCUGCCUCCACUGCCCACCCACCCCUCUGCACAUCCGUGCACCCUCUCCAUGUCCUCAAAAUCCCUUAACAUCCAAAGAACCCUAUAGGCAGUGGAUAACUCUUUGGGGUAGAGACUCCAUUUGACUCGUUCCUUCCCACUCCCCAAGACAUUUCUCUCCAACCCUUUACCUCAACACCUAAGCUCGACUCAAUCCCAGUGAUUGGUUUUCCCAGCCCCUCCCUGUUAGUCAAUUUUGCCGUGCUCCUGUUGCCCUUUCCAUUCCGGAGGGGAUCACUUUCCCCAGCUCUUCCUGCAGACUCUCAUCCUGCUGCCAUCACUUCCACAAGGGGCCAAGUAUUUCAGAAGAAAGCCAGCAUCCUCUGCAGCCCCUGAGAUGGAGGCUUGAUCUUUUGAUUGGCCACUCCCAUUGCUGAAAAGGGUUCAAGUUCACAGCUGUUUAUAUUAAAAAACAAUCUGAGCAGAAAAAAGUCGAGUGCCAAUGUGUUCAGAGUGCCCCCUAUUAGCUUGUAUGUAUGUGUGUGCAGUGUUUACACGGCCUCUUCAUUGAAUUUUUGAAGUGCUAUUCAUGGGUGAAUCCUGGUAGCCUGCCUAAGCUUUUUAUGCUUGCAGGGUUGGGGGAACAUAUCCUAUCAAGACUUAACUCUUGUCCCCAUGUAAUGUGGGACAGUGAAAGAGAACCCAGGUCUCCUCUUUCACACACUGUCUUCCCUAACCCCCUCCCCCCCGCCAUGUAGCUUGGUCCACCCGUGUGUCAUCCCCUCACCUCAAUUGUGGCUGCGAUCUGACUUGGAAGGUGUGAGGUUCAAUGUGUACUGGGGUAGCCAGUUCUAAUUGACCUGGGAGAUAAACUAAAGCAGAGGGAGGAGCAUUUGGAAAGGUAGUUGCAUUUGUAUGGAACCUUCCAUUACCUCAGUGCAGAAAUAGCUGUGAAAUGGGAUUGCUGUUGUAAUGAUGUGAAAACAGUGAAUUUGCUCUUGGCCACCUACAGUAAGGUGCACAGUCAAUGAAUUGGCCAUGCUGAAGCUUGUGGUGGGUGACAAUUGGCCUGAACACUGGGAAGAACUGUCCUGCUCUGAAACAGCCCAAUGUGAUUAACCACAAUGUCCACUUGAAAGGGUAGAUGGAGUCCGAGUUUAACUUGCUCUUUGUACGGCCUGGUUUAAGGUCCAAGCCUGUGGUGUGCGGCCUAAGCAGGAUUCAAACAAUCACAGAAUGGUUAAACUCACUCAAUUCUACUUACAGGUACCCCUGUUUGACACAUGACAGUGGUAAGCAAGACCACCAUCUUGCUCUUUACUAGUUGCUGGUAAUCUGGUUUGAUAGCAGCAACGUGGUCGUCAAUGUACCCAACUCAACUAAGGUUUUGGCCCAUCCCACUGUGUCUCAGAACUAACUGGUGUAUUUUGAUUCAUGUAUUACAAUCUUCACAGUUUAUGAUCAGACUUGCAAAGUGUGUACAUAUUGGGAGAAAUAAAGAUGAAAUUUUUUGUUUGUUUUUUUUUAUUGUUGUUGUUGAGCCGUUUAUUGUAAAAUCAUCACCGAAUCAUUCUGCGCUGCGUAGGAUACAAGAACAUAAGGAAAUGAAGCAAGAGUAUGCCCUUGUGCUUGCUCUCCUAUCCAGUAAGGUCACUGUUGGUCUUUUACCUCAACACUAAUUUCACUUCCCCUGACACUUAACUGCCCUCUUUCACCACUCUGUGCUGAAGAAAUGCUCUCUUGAGACUGACUCAUUGGUUGAGAUACUGCCAGCCAGGGGAAACAUUGUCCCUGCAUUUACCCUAUCAGAAUAUUGUACAAGAAUGAGAGGAGAUCUCAGCCUGGGCCUAUGCUCCCUAAAGUUUCCUCACAAACAGCCUGCCUUUGCAGGAAUCAAUUUGUUGAGCCUUUGCUGCACCCCAUUGGUAGACCAGCCAAAAUGUCUCACCAGGACCUGAUUAUAAAUAGCACAAGAUGUCUGUUCUUGCUAUAAAGUGUUACUGCACAGAAACAAGCCCUUUGGCCCAACUCAUCCACACCAACAAAGUUGUCUGGCUAGACUUGUCCCAUAAGCCAGUGAGCCCGACUUUAGUGGUUAGCAAGAUGUCAGAGAUAAUGUUUCGGAGUACAUGAUAAAAAGGGCAAAGUCAGCAUGGUUUCCUCGAGGAAUUCUCUGAGGAAGAAGUUGACAGGAUAGAGAAAGGAGAGUCAGUGAAUGUUGCGUACUUGAAUUUUUUUUCAGAUGGUCUUUGACAAGCUGCCACAUAGGAGGCUGCUUCACAAGAUGAGAGCCCACAUUAUUACAAGAAAGAUGUGAGCUUGGUCAGAAGAUUGCCAUCUGCCAGUCAGCCAAAGCAUGGGUAUAAAGGGGGCCUUUUCUGAUUGGCUGCUGGUAACUAGUGGUGUUCUACAGGGUCUGCUACUUUUCACAUUGUAUGUUAUUGAUCUGGAUGAAGCAAUUGAUGGCCUUGUGGUUGAGUUUGUGGAUGAUACAAAGAUAGGUGAAGGGGCAGGUAAUGUUGAGUAAACAGGGUGUCUGCAGAAGAAUUUGGAGAGGGUGGGGAGAAUGGGCAAAGAAGUGGCAGAUGGAAUAUAGUGCAGGGAAGUGUAUGGUCUUGCAGUUUGGUAGAAGGAAUAAAGGCAUAAACUAUUUUCUAAAUGAGGAGAAAAUUCAAAAAUCUGAGGUGCAAAGGGACUUGGGAGUCUUCGUGCACAAGGCCCUGAAGGUUAACUUGCAGGUUGAGUCAGUGGUAAGGAAGGCAAACGCAAUGUUAGCAUUCAUUUUGAGAUGACUAGAAUAUAAGAGCAAGGAUAUGCUGGAGUUUAGAAGGAUUGCCGGGGUGGGGGGUGCGCGUGUAAUCUCAUUGAAACCUACAGAAUAUUGAAAGGCCUGUGUCGAGUGGGCUAGGAGAGGAUUUUUCCUAUAGUGGGAGAAUCUGGGACCAGAGGGUGCAAUCUCAGAUUAGAAGGAUGUCCUUUUAGAACAGAGAUUAGGUAGAAUUUCUUUAGCCAGAGGUUGGUGAAUCUGUGGAAUUCAUUGCAACAUACAGCUGUGGAGGCCAACUUGUUGGGUAUAUUUAAAGUGGAUAUUGAUAGAUUCUUGAUUUUUUUUUAUGUUUUAAUAGGGUUCAGGGGGAAAAAUAAAUCAGCCGUGAUUAAAUGGCAGAGGAAACUCAAUGGGCCAAUGGCCUAAUCCUGCUAUGUUUUUUGAAUAUAAUUGAAAUUGCCUUCCUCUAGCAGCUCAUUCCAUAUACCCACCACCUUCUGUGGAAAAAGUUCCCUUUAAAAUCUUUCCCUUGUCUCCUUAAAUCAGUGCCCUCUAGUUUUAGUCUCCCCUACCCUGCAAAAAGGGCUGUGACUGUCAGGUAAUGCCCACCCCACCACUGAGCACAUCAACGUGAAAUGCAGUUGCAAGAAAGCAGCAUCUAUCAUCGAGGAACUCCACUACCCAGGACAUGCUGUCAUCAAAAAGAAGGUACAGGAGCCACAGGACCAGGUUCAGGAACAGUUAUUAGCCCGCAACCAUCAGGCUCUUGAACCAGUGGGGAUAACUUCACUCAGCCCAUCAUUAAACUGUUCCCACAACCUAUGGACUCGCGUUCAAGGAUUCUUCACCUCAUGUUCUCGAUAUUUAUUGCUUAUUUAUUUAUUACUAUUACUUCUUGUGUUUGUGUCUUGCACACUGGUUAAACGCCCACAAUGGUGCAGUCUUUCAUUAGUUUUAUUAUGGAUUUAUUGAGUACGCCCUCCAGAAAAUAAGUCUCAGGGUUGU